CUGACGUCACUUCCCACGCGCGCGGAUGGUGCUAACGGUAGCUUAGCGUCAAAGUGUCACUUUUCCGCGUUUCCCUCCACUUUCGCGGCUCAAACUCCUCCGUCGCACGUCCCGAAGCCGUGAGCGGAGCUGGCAGUGGCAGCGGCGCGGCCGGGGAGGCGGGGAGGGGGGCCACGCAGGUCGCGCUGAGCCCGCCCUGUUGACGUCCAGGACGGGCGGCAGUAUGUGAGUUGCCGCCUGGCUUCGCCUCGGAAGUUUCGCCCCGGUUGUUAUGAACGUUUGCCCGGCGGCCCAGCCGGACUCCUCCCGCCUCCAGCCUCCAGAGAAGCGGCUGCCAUGAAGCUGCAGUGCGACGUCGAGGUGGUCAGCCGGAUGCUGCCGUCGUUCGGGAUGAAGAGCCGGGGAAGGGCCAGAGCCGUGCUGUCCAUCGGGAAACACCUGGACAAGACGAGCCAGCGCUGCCAGGUCUACCUGAUGAUCUGCACCGCCAAAGACAGAGCGGGCUCCAAGUACAAGCUCAAAGACAACAUCGAGAAAUUCUUCACGUGGUUCGUGGACGAAGGGAAGGCCACCGUCAGGCUAAAAGAGCCAGCUGUGGACAUCUGUUUGAGCAAGGCCGACGCUAACAGCCUGAAGAACUUCCUGUCGGCGGCUCGCUUGGCGGACCGGGGCGGCGACAGCGGCAGCCUCCCCCUGUCCACGCUCACGCCGGUCCGGGCCCGAGACGUGGAGCAGCCCAAGAAGAAGCUCGCCAUCGUCUCCAAGAAGGACUACCCGCUCACGUCCAGCUUCCCCUACUCCCUGGAGCAGCUGCAGGUCUCCUACUGCAAGCUGUCCCGCGUGGACAUGCGCAUGCUGUCCCUCAAAGCCUUACGGAAGCUGGACCUCAGCAACAACCACAUCAAGAAGCUGCCCGCCACCAUCGGCGACCUGAGCUGCCUGUCGGAGCUCGUCCUCCACAACAACCACCUGGAGGCCUUCAGCGAGGCGCUGUGCCUGUCCACGCUGCAGCGCACCCUGCAGCUGCUGGACCUCAGCCAGAACCGGCUGCGCUCGCUGCCCCCGCGCUUUCUGCCAGCUGCGGGAGCUGGUCACCUCAAGCUGGACGACAGGCUGGUCUGCCUGCCGUUCCACAUCGGCAGGCUGUCCAAGCUGCGGUUCCUGUCGGCGGCGCACAACCAGCUGAGCGUGCUGCCCGCCGACUUCCGCAGGCUGAGCCUGGAGAACCUGGACUUCUUUGGAAACCCGUUCGUCCAGCCCAACCCCCUGGACCACGCCAUGAGGCUCAGCUUCCCGCUGGCGCUUCAGGAGAUGGCCUCCAGAGCCGUGGCCGAUCUCAGGAUACCGUAUGGACCUCAUCUCAUCCCGGCCCACCUGUGCCGGGACCUGGAGCUGGCCAAGACCUGCGACUGCGGCCGCGCCUGCGUGGGCUCCUACAUCAAGACGGCCGUGAGCAUGAACCUGCACCAGGUGUCGCACACGGUGGUGCUGGUGGACGACAUGGGCGGCACGGACGCUCCGGUGCAGCAGCACUUCUGCUCCUUGUCCUGCUACUCCGAGUUUUUAGACACCUCCAUCCAGAGAGGAAUCAGAUGAAGCCGGACGCCGCCAGCUCUGGGAAGCCGUUUUAAGAGUUCAUCAGUUUGCUUGUUUUACGUUCACAUCUAUAAGGUGCUUUCCAUGAUUAGUAUGCUGUAGGAGAUGAGAGCUGAUGUUUUAUUAUUCGCUGCUCGAUGUGCAACACUGCCUGGAAAGCAGCAGACGGACAGAACGCUCAGCUGUCCGGUGCUGCCGAGAACUUCCACACGUCUCUCCUCCUCCUCCUCCUCCUGCAGCGUCCGCCGUCUCAGACCUUCUCAGAGUGAGUCUACACAGAGGCUGACAGAAACCUGGGGGUCAGGAUUCUUUUCAUUGUAAGAUCAGAGAAAUGCCAAAUCAAUCUGCUUCAAGAGUUUUAUUACAAACAUUUCAAAUUAAAAGCCUCAAAUUGGCGUGUUUGCUGUUAUUAAUCCUUCUGAUGCGAGCAGGAUGAGGAAACUUUGACUUGGUGUGAGAGUUUGAACAGUUUGGUUAAAAGUCUCAGAACUGCUGCUCUGAUCUGUUCCACCCAGCGGGGGUGAAGGAGGGAGGUGGUUUUUACCUGAGUAAUGUACCAUGACUUUUAUAUCUGUAUACAUAAAAUA